AUGUCCGCGAGAUCCGUUCUAAAGACACCUGCUUGUCCACUAAAGGCGAAAAUUGACGCUCGUGCUGUGCAACGAACUGCUUUUGUAAGAUGGAUACACAUGCAUAAUCUCAUUUAUGACAUCAAGCAGUUCCUUAUUCGCGAAGCAUGUCCAUCAAACCUCAAAGCUCAGUUAUGCGCUUGUGAUCACGAUCCAGUCAUUUAA